CCCUGGGAGUACUGCAUGGAAGUCUACACCGGCAGAUACAACGUCACAGGUAACGAGACGUGUUCGAACCCGAUUCCGACCGACGACUGCACGGUGCCGAUUCUGCGCUACCUGCGGGAUAACGGCACCUAUACGGCGGUCAGCGUUCUGAGUAACGCCGUCAGCCGGCGAGUCACGCCCGUGGCCAUCACUGUCUACACAGCGGUUCGCCGUCCGCAACUAUCGUACUAUAUCAUACCACUGAGCUGCGCACUGGCAGCGAUCGCCUUCAUCCUGUUCGGAUCAAUCAAACUGAUCAAAUCAAACAGAGACUACAACCUGGAGAUAGCCGACUUCGACUUCAGUCAGCCGGGCGAGGCGGCGGCGCCGCCUUCGUUCGGCCGCCGCCUGCUGGUCAGCAUGUGGCCGGGCGGGGCGCGGAGGGCCACGGGCUCUGCGGGAGCUACCGCCGGGGCAGAAUCGGACGCCAUCCUACCGCGCGGGAGGACUCGGCGCAGGAGCUAUGGGCUGGUGGAGGAUUAUGAGGAGGAUUGAUUGGGAGGGAGGACUGAAACUAGGAGGUCGGGUGGGAUUUAGGAGGGCUGAGUUGUACGGGAGCACAGAUGAGAAGUGGGAUAUGUUCGACGGGAUAUUGGAUUGGGUCGGAUUGGAUUGAAUAGGCCAGACAGGAGUGGAAUCAUUGGUGGGACAGUAUUGGAUAGGUCUGACAGAGAAGCGAUCUAAGACCGAGGGAAGUGCCACAACGGAUUCAGAAGUGAUCUUUAGGACGGUAAAUCUGUCUGCUUCUGAGGAGGAGGUUGUAGCGAUGAAGGAACCGAGGAUGAAGAAAGGGCCUUCCCCGAUUGUAGCCCACAGGGCGUCACUAGCGCUCUCCCCUUGUCGAGUCGCUGUGAGUGGACCAAUGUUGGUGGGAUGACUUCCUGAGCGCAACUGAGCCGUGCGUUCAGUCCGAUCGAGUCUAUGAUAUUUAGGCGGUGUAAUUUUGUGUAUUCGCAAUCGCUAUGAUGGUUAGGCCUCGUAGUGUGAUUCUAGCUGCUAGAGUCAUGCGGGGCCCGAUAACUGCGCGGAGUUUGUUUGUGUGUGGAUAGUUCCGAGUUGUCGUCCAAGCCGUAUGACUGAGUUUGCUAUUUAUUCUACCUCUUGUUCUGUCCUGUGAGCUUAUCUAUACCAUAUUAGUCUGUCACUUCCCUGGAAGCGAGGUAGUCUGUAGGUCUUACAAUGAGCCAGAACACACAAAAGAAGCAGGAGGGAAGAUCGCUCGGUCCGUGUUAGUGGCAGCAUUCUACAUGUUGUCGUUGGUCACGGUUUAGAAAACGGUUGUACCCACUAGAAUCGGGAUCUGCUGUUACGUCCUGCUUCAUCCUUCCUCAGUAUUACCCUCAUUUACGUAAAUUACUCUUAGUCUUGUUUAACCAUGACUAUGCACUGCGUCUCUUUUCAAAUCGUUUGUUCAUUAUGCGGCGUUUCACAGAAUCUUUGGGAGUAAUCCAGAAUGCGUUUUGAAUUCAUGCGGGACUAUUUUUUUCCGUGUUGCCAUAUCGGUCUUGCUCUAGUUAUUUUAUUAUGCGAUGUUGUAUCUGUGAUUUUCUUCUAUGUACUAGGAAAUGAAUCAUUGCCAUCGAACACACAGUAUGAGUGUUCUAUGUGAAAUGUCUCGUCUGCUAAGAGUGCGGAUCUCGAGUCGCUAGCUCAAGAUCCCGGGCUCCCAUUUGAUGCGAGUGUCACUGUGGAUUUCCGCUGUCUGCUUCGAGCCGUCUGUGCUAUCCUGUUGUUCGCCAGAGCCGUGGGUUUUCUACCGGAUCUGCGAGUGAUAAAAGGGCCUAGGGCGAAUCCAUGAUGCACUUUGUGCGCUAUAUCAUUCGCUCUAUCGCCUGUUCUCCGCAGGCGUGGAGAGUUUUCUGUAUGCAUGCAUGCAUGCAUGCUCUUGUGCGCUUAUGUCACUACCUACGCCCUUUUUGCUUCGUGCUGAAGGGGUUCAUAGGUGCUCUUCGAACAGCGCUUGAUUCAGACGUAUGGUCUGCCCGAAAACGACUUGUGUGGUGAGCUACAACGAUCCCGAAACGUGCGUUUAGAGUGAGCUGGGUUUGGGACACAUUUUGCUCGCCAGUACAGAAGUUAACUAGCGUGAAAGAUUGCUUUGUUUAACUUGGAGGUGUCAGUCGCUGGUUGAAUUCCCCACAUUUAAUUGUGUCGCCAACAGUGCUUCAAUGUAGUGAGUAGUGACUUGGGACCUGAAUGUCGCGUUAAACUUAUCGUGUGUAUUGUCACAGGCGCUAGAUCGCCCAACUCGCCCUAAGAGGCAGUCUAUUUCCCGGGGCGAAACCAAUGUAUCCGCUGACCUUUUUAAACAAUAUGUUACGACCCCUUGUGUAUCGCAUGCCAAGUAUCAAAAUGUGUUGCGGCUCUGGUGUGAAGCCAAGCGUUGGAAAGGUCUGUGCCUAGCUUCGUUUUUCUCCGUAGUCGUAACAACUUUCCUAUUUGAUCAAUGUCGUGCUAAGUUCGGUCUGUCUCCCCCUCUCUCUCUCUCUCUCUCUCUCUCUCUCUCUCUCUCUCUCUCUCUCUCUCUCUCUCUCUCUCUUUCUCUCUCUCUCUCUCUCUCUCUCUAUCUCAUCUCUAUCUUUUAUUCGUUGCUUUCGGUCGCUAUUUUACUCCGCGUUCUUUUAGGCCGCGUUUCUCGUUUCUCUAGCUGUUUCGGCGCUCCUUCAACCCGUGUUCAUUUUUUCCCCUAUCCGCGUUUGGCGUGUGUGUAACCGAGUGAUCGCAGUUUGACCGUCUUUCAUAACCCAGCUGAACUGCGAACAGAUUGUGUGCGUGUGAACGGGGUCUGUCGAAUAUACACUUUUGUUCAAAUAUACGAAAUAUACAUUAUUAUGACCUAU